UCAUGUUUCCGAAACUCGCCGCUUCGUCAAUUGAAUGAACUUGCGCUCCAGUAACCUGGUGCGGCACCACAUACCCACUUUCGAAAUACAGCCUUCGGCGACAACCGAUGCCCAGCGCCGCUGCUUCCCAUUAUUGGCCGCCACACUAUAGAACUACUGCGCGCCUCCGUUUGCAACAACACCUUCAAACAUAGAGCUACCUCUAGGCUCGAGAUCACUGCGCACUGCACAGCUGAUUCUGCAGCACGUGAACCACCACGCCUUUGCCGAACACCAAGACACCAGCGGCACACCAACUUCACGAUUCGCCGGGUUUUGUGUGCGGACCUUCUUAUCAUUUUUUUAAGGAAUGGGUUCAAACGAAAACAGACAAAUUAUUGGGGAAGCUACCCAAGUCUCGGAUCAUUAUUUCUUUGGGAAAGCAAUUUUAAUUUAGCUCCUAUGCUAAAAUUCCACCAUUAAUAGCCGAAGAGAGCAUGACUCUCUGUCGUCCCUUUUUAAGGAUGCUCAGAAAGCCUCAGACAAAGCAGACACUGAACACUCUCAAACUCUACCAUUUCACAUACUACACGAGUCCUCCAUCUCAAUCACGUGCCAUUGCCGUUGACUCUAAACAUCCAUGUAUGCCUGGUGGCACAUGCAACAUUGAUCGUGCAUACCCCAUGUUCGGCAAAAGUACCCAGAAAGACCUUUCGAUAUGUAAUCACUUUCUUUUCGAAUACUCACGCACUGGCCGUAACCAGGAGGCUCUGAAUCUUUUUGUGGAACUCCACUAUUCGAGUUUACCUGUUGAUGGGUUAACCAUGUCUUGUGUGUUGAAGGUCUGUGGAUGCUUGUUUGAUCAAAAUGUGGGCAUGCAGGUGCAUGGUAAAUGUAUAAAAUCCGGGUUUCUUGAGGAUGUUAGUGUUGGGACUGCUCUUGUUGACAUGUACAUGAAAACAGAGGGUCUAGGAGAUGGGAGGAGAGUUUUUGAUGAGAUGGGUGAGCGAAAUGUGGUGUCAUGGACUUCGUUGCUUUCUGGUUACUCACGGAAUGGGUUGAACGUGCAGGCCAUAGAAUUGUUCUUUAGGAUGCAAGUUGAGGGAAUUAAGCCUAACCAGUUUACUUCUGCGACUGUUCUUGGAGCUUUGGCAGAUGAUGGUAUGCUUGAGAAGGGAAUUCAAGUUCAUUCUAUGGUUAUAAAAAAUGGUUUUGAUUCUACCACAUUUGUGUGCAAUGCUUUGAUUAAUAUGUAUUCAAAGUCAGGGAUGGUUAGAGAUGCUAGAGCUGUGUUCGAUGGCAUGGAUACCAGGGAUGAGGUUUCUUGGAACGGUAUGGUUGCAGGUUAUUUAACAAAUGGGAUUCUUGUGGAAGCUCUUGAAAUGUUUUAUAAAAUGAGGCUUGCGGGCCUAAAGCUUACCCAGAUGAUAUUUGCUACCAUGAUUAGGCUAUGUGCUAAUCUUAGAGAAUUGGGUUUUGCAAGACAGCUUCACUGUUGUGUUUUGAAAACAGGAUAUGGAUUUGAUGACAAUAUCAGAACGGCCCUUAUGGUCACUUACAGUAAGUGCAGUGUUAUGGAUGAUGCGUAUCAACUGUUUUCUAGGAUGCAUGGUGUCCAGAAUGUGGUGUCAUGGACGGCCAUGAUCAGUGGGUACUUGCAGAAUGGUGGAAGAAGGCAAGCAGUUAAUUUAUUUUGCAAAAUGGCCAGGGAAGGUGUUAGACCAAACCAUUUCACUUAUUCUACCAUCCUUACAGCUCAACCAGCUAUUUCUAUCUUCCAAGUACAUGCACAAGUCGUUAAAACUAAUUACGAGAAAUCACCUUCAGUAGGAACUGCACUCUUAGAUGCUUACAUUAAGAUAGACUACGUUGAUGAAGCUGGAAAAGUAUUUGAAUUAAUUGAUGAAAAGGACAUUGUGACAUGGUCAGCAAUGGUAGCUGGAUAUGCUCAAAGAGGAGACACAGAGGGAGCUGUUAAAACUUUUCUCCAGUUGGCAAAAGAGGGGGUAGGACCCAAUGAGUUUACCUUUUGCAGUGUCAUUAAUGCCUGUGCUGCACCUGCAGCAGCAGUAGAGCAGGGGAAACAAUUUCAUGCGUGCUCAAUCAAAUCAGGACUACAUAAUGCUUUAUGUGUAAGUAGUGCCCUUGUUACCAUGUAUGCCAAGAGAGGAAAUAUUGAGAGUGCAAAUGAAGUUUUCAAGAGGCAAGAUGAAAGAGACUUGGUUUCAUGGAACUCGAUGAUCUCUGGAUAUGCACAACAUGGUCAUGGGAAGAAGGCUCUUGAGGUCUUUGAGGAAAUGAGAAGGAGGAACAUAGAAAUGGAUGAGAUAACAUUUAUUGGAGUGAUUUCUGCAUGUACUCAUGCUGGUUUAGUGGUUGAAGGUCAAAGAUACUUUGACAUGAUGGUCAAAGACCACCACAUUGAUCCAACAAUAGAGCAUUAUUCUUGUAUGGUUGAUCUGUAUAGCCGUGCAGGACUGCUUGAAAAGGCCAUGGAUAUCAUAAAUCAGAUGCCAUUCCCUGCGGGUGCAACUGUGUGGCGAACUCUCUUGUCUGCUUGCCAUGUUCACCGCAAUUCAAAGCUGGGAAAACUUGCAGCAGAAAAGCUCAUUUCACUUCAGCCACAAGAUUCAGCUGCUUACGUCUUACUAUCCAAUAUUUAUGCUAUGACAGGAAAUUGGAAAGAAAAAGCUAUGGUAAGGAAGUUGAUGGAUGUGAGAAAUGUAAGAAAGGAAGCUGGGUACAGCUGGAUUGAGGUAAAAAAUAAGACCUACUCAUUCUUGGCUGGUGAUCUUUCACAUCCCUUGGCGGAUCGUAUUUAUUCCAAACUUGAGGAGUUAAAAAUCCGGUUGAAGGAUGCUGGAUAUCAGCCUGAUACAAAUUACGUGCUUCAUGACGUUGAAGAGGAACACAAAGAAACAAUCCUUUCUCAACACAGUGAGAGGCUGGCCAUUGCUUUUGGAUUGAUCACUACAACUCCUGGAACCCCGAUCCAGAUUGUAAAGAACAUUAGGGUCUGUGGAGACUGUCAUACUGUUAUUAAGCUAUUAUCAAAGCUUGAAGCUAGAGAUAUUGUUGUGAGGGACUCGAACCGAUUCCACCACUUUAAAGGUGGUUUAUGCACAUGCGGGGACUAUUGGUGACACUCCAUUUGGAAAAUGGGCUUUAUAUGAAGUCUUCUGAUGGCUUCUCAUGUGAAGAAUAUUCUUCUCAGGCAAAGGAGCUAUACAACUUUUACACUUUCCAAGUAUUCUGUUCUUGAAACCACAUUGCAAAGAAUAGCUCACAUUGGCAAUCUUUAGGCUUACCAAGCAACAUAAUUGACAUGUUGCCUUGGGCAGAUUUCUGAAGUGAUUGUGAAAGUGAUGGUCGUUCACACUGAAGAAAGAAGGAACAAGUACUAAUAUUUAAAAAUUUGUAAAGUUUAAGUACAUGAGUGGAUCUCAGAGGGAAUUUGUGCCAUUUUGGAAAAGAGUUUGAUAUCUUCAUCCAUGCUAAUUGUUUUGUCCCAUGAAGUCUGAAAGUAAUUCCCCAUUAUGCUCACAACAUGUUGGCUUAAGAGGCAUGUGGAAAUAACCUUCAGGCGUUGCACCAUUGCUGCAGAGAAAAUUGAUGAUGUCAUGGGAAUUAAAAUCAUAUACAAGUCCAGGAUUGAAUGCUGCAGCUGG